UGUAUCAAAAAAGUGGUUGAUUGUUUAUGUUUUAAUAUAGGGAUCGCGUUAAAAAUAUAUUACGUCAAACUUUUCGUUUGGUAUACUGUUAAUUCACUAGCAUGAGUGCAUUCCCAUUGAAGUAGAGCAUUUGGCAAUAUGAAAUAAGACGUGCGGCAUUCAGAAAGUACUGACAGAUACGAUAUACAUGCAUUCGGGGUGAAUGUUUAAGCAAAAUGGUGAACUGUUUGUGUAUUGGAAUAGUGUUUGCGACUAUAGUACCUAUAGCAUUGAAUAUUAAAGCUAUACCGGUUUAUAAAAAACUGAACACGUAUGAGCCCUGUGAUGAUGGAUCAUUGAACGGCAUAAUUUGCACUUCAGGCUGUUGCGGUGACAACGAUAACCCAGGCUUUUUAAAAUGUUGUAACAGAUAUGCAGAAGAGGGUUUUGUUCCCGGUGACGAAGAUUACCCCAUUGUUUCCCCAACCCUUUCCCCUAACCCACCACCUGUGAUAGUACCGGUAAUACCUGUCAUCGUGCUACUGGUCAUAAUACUCAUCUUCAUCUGCUGUGCGAAAUUCUGUUUGAAGAAAUUACGAAAAACAGAAAGACAAACAGACCAGUUAGAACAAGGGCCCAACAAUCAGCAGUCUAACCGAUCCCGGCCUCUCCAGUCCCUUCAGACUAUUUCAGGCUCUGUCGUUAGAACUAACAUAGCGAUGCAGGAUCCACCACCGUACGAAGUUUUGGGAGCUUACUAUUCCAACGAGCCACCCAUUCAAGUCGUAAAUAAGCAGCCGGGCAUUGACGUGAGAAACAGCAUAGGGAGGCCACCGCCUUAUGAAAUAAGGAGAACUGCUUGUCCAAAUAGCCCAUCACUUCAAGCCGGAAAUCUGGCACCGAGGACGCCCCUCAGAAACAACACAGAGGAGCCACCAGCUUACGAAGAUGUGGUCGCAGAUUAUAAUUACCUUUGAUAUUAUUAAGGCUCCGAACUGUUUACUCUGUUUUUAUCACAAUGUUGUUGUUUUUAUCCUUUUUCAAAGGAAGCUACUGAAAGAGAUUUUUCUUAUGUUGUUGAGCUUAUCUCUUAAAAUAGGCUCGAAAUAUAACAGAGAACUCUUUUGAAAUGGUCACAAACAUAUUUCAAUUAUCUGUGAUAUUUGGUAAUGAACAUUUAAAAUAAUUGUAUUUUACCAACACAUAGUUAAGGGUCGAGAGAAAAAGGAAGCAUUUCAUCCGAAUGUAAAAGCCGGUUAGCGGUGUAGUUUAAUGGUCACAUUUUGUCAAAUGCGAAUAGAGAUGAUAAAAAUUAUUUUUAAAAAAUGUAGGUUUUCUUCAAAACAAUCAUUGUGUAUUAUUGUCAACAUUUUCAUAACGCUUUAUCCUCGUUAGAAUCAACAAAUUUUAAUGUAACACAAUGCAUUGUUUUUUUGUUUUUUUUAAAUCCCUUUAAAUAACCUGACACAUGAAUGUUUAAAUAUCAAUAAAAGGGACUUCUAAAUGUGUUGUUGAUGAUUUUUAUUUUUGUUGAUUAUGUCCAAUGUUGUUCACAUAAAUUAUAAAGAAUAUAUGUAUGGGUAAGCUUAUAAUAAACGCUUCUAUCUCGUAUAUCUUAAAAUCUAAUUAUACUUUCAUUUUGUUCACACUUUUAUAUUGUCACUUCAAUCUGAUAAUUAAACGUUGUGACGGAUCAUCAAUUUAUA